CUCACUGAAACCGUGGUUCCUGAAAUAAAAACCAGCAUGAACUUGGUUUCUGAAGAAGGCAGAAGCCCUGCAGGCCCUGCUCCCACUGCCACCACGGGGACAGUGGCCGCUGCAGGCCCCGCGUCAGGCACCACCACACUCCUCCCUUCUGCUCUGGCCUUGGGUGACAAAAGAGCAUCCCACAGUCCCACCAGUGCUCCUCCAACCCCUUGGCAAAAAGGUCUGCCCCCACAGAUGGCUUUCAGCAGGGACAGCAGCACCAUGGCCGUGGGGGUCACGCCCAGCAGGGCACUGGCCAUGGGGACAGCAGCUGCUGCAGGCCUCGCGUCAGGCGCCGCCACACUACUCCCUGCUGCGCUGGCCUUGGGUGACAAAAGAGUGUCCCACAGUCCCACCAGUGCUCCUCCAACCCCUUGGCAAAAAGGUCUGCCCCCACAGAUGGCUUUCAGCAGCCCCAUGGCCGUGGGGGUCACCCCCGGCAGGGCACUAGCUGUGGGCACGGAGGCCAGGAGCCCAGCACAGCCAAGCUCCAUGGCCAGGGCCGCUCUCCCAAACACAGCUGUGGGCACAGCCAGGCAGGAGCAGCUCGGCUCACUUUGGCUCUUCCCAACUCAAACAGCCUCAGCUGCCACCAGCACUCACACAGUGCCCCAAGGCAGCUCUCCAGGUGGCCCUGACACAGCUCUGCUGGUCACCGGGAACGCUGGCAUUGCCACCCGCAGAGCAGAUGGAGAGGUGGGAAGGGAGAACAGCUCUUGGUCUGAGGGACACUUUGGAGCCUUGGGGACACCAGCUUGGCCAGGCACCUCUCCAGCCCCCAGCCCAGCCCGCACCUUCCAGAAACUUCGUGGCACAGUUCAGAUAACAAACAUGGAAUACUCUCCAGGCUUUAGCAAUAACAGCAGUGAGGAAAAUCAAACCUUUGCACAGCUCUUUGUGGAUGAAGUAAGUGGUGAAGAAGUAUGUGACCUGUUACCUGUCUCAAUAAAAUAUGGUCUGUUCUCCCCAAAGCCUGUAUAAGUCAUG